AUGGUGGUGUUCUCGGUCUUCCUCCUGUUCUCCCAGGCAGUUCGUACCAGCCCAGAAGAUACCCUGAAGAAUAAUAUCGACGUGAUAGUUAUUGGAGCCGUGUAUGUGCUGGUCGUAGUCUUCGGUGUGCUCGUCUGCAUCAAGCGUCGCAUUGCUACUUUCCGGAGGCUACAACGGAUCCAUAAAGGAAGCGCAACGCGAGGCGUUGGAGAGGCACCGAAGCAAGUAAUGGACUUCAUAACACAAGAGUAUGCGCGGUCUGCUCUCAUCGCGUACGAGAGCGUACCCAAGAACGUGGUCCAGGAAGGUUGGGGCCGGCCCAACUCGAUCUACGGAAAUGUUCACUUUCGCCGGGCCCUGCUUGACACCAUCCCUGACCUGGACACCCUCGCGCGGUCUAUUAUCCCACAUCAGCCUGCUUUGCGCGCACAUGAGCGCAUGCUCUCUCAUUUUCGCUUCAUUGCCCCGCUCCUACCCCGCGACUCAGAUGGUCUCAGUCCCCUACACUACUACGACAGCGCUAUACAACUCGCAAGGUUCGCAGAGAGGGAGAUGACGGAGAAAGAGUAUGAAGUGGCAAUGGGAGCCGUUAGGGCCAUGAAGGAUGUGCUCGAGGCGCUCGAUAUGGAGGCACGACUGGGUUCGACGUUGGAAUUGAAUGGAAGUUUGCCAAUAGCAUCGGCGGCACCUUCAUUAUCGUAG